AUGGUUUAUCAUGUGGGUGAUAAUUCUGUGAUGGAUGUGCGGGUUCAUCUUGAUUGGCUUCACUGUUCGUCGGAAGCUAAGUCUGAUUCUUCCUCGAAGCAUUGUGGAGGUUCUGAUCCUGGACAUGAUUUUAAAAUGGUUCGUGACCGACCGGUCUUUGCCGAAUUCUGGCGUUCUCCCCAAUUACAAGAAGAAGCGCUUCUAAGACUUGGCAGGCAUGAAGAGGCUGACUCAGUUCUUAAGAAUGCACCCAAGUUUGACACUGAUACAAUCAUCAAUUUCUUUGGUUCAGCAGUGAAUGGAUACAUCCUCAUGAUCCAAGCAGAGGUUGAUUUAGCUUCAGGAAGGUUCAAUGAAGCGGUUGCAUUAGUGGAAAGGGCUGAUAAACACCAGAACAACAGAGAAAUCAGUGCUGUAGUUAGGAGAGUAAAAGCCAUCGCAUCAGCUCGAAACAAAGGCAAUGAGUUCUUCAAGUUUUCAAAGUAUUCAGAAGCAUGCACUGCUUAUGGAGAAGGGCUUCAUCAUGAUCCCUUGAAUGCCAUUCUACUCUGCAACCGAGCUGCCUGUCAUUCCAAACUUGGACAAUGGGAGAAAGCAAUUGAAGAUUGCAAUACUGUUCUUAAUUUGAAAUCUUCCUAUGCUAAGGCUAGACUUCGAAGAGCUGAUUGCUUUGCUAAGCUUGAGAAGUGGGAGGCAUCAGCACAAGAUUAUCAGAUUUUGACGAGGGAAUUUCCAGCAGAUGAGGAAGUGGCAAAAGCUCUCUUAAAAGCUAAAUCACAUCUUCAGAGAAAGUCAUAGUUUCAUGUUGUAUGGAAGGAGAAACCUUUAUGAAACAAACGGAGAGCUGUUCUACCUCAGCAAAAUGAACUUGUUGAAGCAUCUACCAAGCAUGAUUGCUGUAAAGAGGAGGUAAAUACUUUCCAGGAAAAAAGUAACAGUGAACAGCUAUUAUCUCUAAAUUUCUUCAG